GGAAACGCAGUGAGGGUAAGAGGACAGAAAGGGAGAGUGGGCAACCGUGGUUCAUGAAAAAUACACACUCCACAGAGGAACGGGAUGUAUAGGCUGUGUGUGGACAAACUGAAAGCUGUUCAGUGCGCAAGAGACUAGGAAAGAAGAUAUUUGAGAUGUCAGUUGCUUAAAUAGAAGUUAUGAGGGAAGGUAAGGCAAAAGGGAGCGUUUAUUGAAGCGUUACCUCCAGAAAGACUACUUCUGAACUAACUAUGAAUUUGGAAUAUUCUUGGCAUACGAUCCUGGAUUCCAAAGAACGUUCACCCAUUGUAAAUCAUCACUGACAAAAUGGGAUUUACACGGGGAAAAUAUUCAUUGAGUUUCUGAAUGCGAAGGAAAAGGAGAAAAAAACGAUUCACCAGUGAUUUAGUAUAUAAAAUCGUAAAAUUAAAUUGUAUAAUUUUAAUAUCUUCCUCACAGUCAGAAGUCACUUCGGCUAGAUGGGAAGAAGUUACUUUCAUUGAUCAACUUUAAAACUAACAUUCAACAAAGGAAAAAAAACAAAAAAACAUGUAUUUGGGUAAAGCACUUUUGUUUUUCCUUCUUUUAAAUUGCGUGACAAUGAGUUUGUCACUAUCCACUUGCACCACUGUGGACAUUGACCAUAUAAAGAAAAAAAGAGUUGAGGCGAUCCGGGGACAAAUUCUGAGCAAACUUCGAUUGACAAGCCCGCCGCCUCAGGCAGUGGAUCCGAACCAGGUUACCUCCCAAGUGUUGGCCCUGUAUAACAGUACGAAGGAACUGUUAGAGGAGUUGGGGAGGGACCGACAGCAAAGUUGUGGCCAGGAUAACACGGAGACCGAAUACUAUGCCAAAGAGAUAUAUAAAUUCAACAUGAUCCAGGGAUCUCCGGAGAACAAUGAUUUGCCUUAUUGUCCCAAGGGCAUCACAUCCAAGGUGUUCCGGUUUAAUGUCUCAGCCAUGGAGAAGAACUCCUCAAACCUUUUCCGUGCUGAGUUUCGUGCACUGCGUGUACCCAACUCCAAUGCGAAGAGGAAUGAGCAGCGAAUUGAACUCUAUCAGAUCGUCAGGAAGGAGGAGCAUAUUGCCAAGCAGCGCUACAUUGGAGGCAAGAACGUCCUGACUAAGGGAACGCAGGAAUGGGUCUCUUUCGACGUGACAGAAACAGUGAGGGAGUGGCUAAUGUACCGAGAGACCAAUCUGGGCCUGGAGAUCAGCGUGCACUGUCCCUGCCACACCUUCAACUCCAACGGAGAUAUCAUAGAGAAUGUCAACGAAGUGCUUGAGGCCAAGUUCAAAGGGAUGGAGGGGGACUAUGAUGAACAGUACCUGGGACGAAUGAAGAAACAGAAGGAAUUUCCGCACCUCAUACUCAUGAUGUUGCCGCCCCAUCGCUUGGACGCCCAGACAUCGUCUCGCCGGCGGAAGCGGGCACUGGACACCAACUACUGCUUCACUAAUUAUGAAGAGAACUGCUGUGUGCGCCCUCUAUACAUUGACUUCCGCCAGGACCUGGGCUGGAGGUGGAUCCACGAACCCAAGGGCUACUAUGCCAACUUCUGCUCCGGGCCCUGCCCAUACCUACGCAGUGCUGACACCACACACAGCUCGCUGCUGAGCCUCUAUAACACCCUGAACCCCACGGCCUCCGCUUCCCCCUGCUGCGUCCCUCAGGACCUGGAGCCUCUGACCAUCCUCUACUACGUGGGACGGAACCCCAAGGUGGAGCAGCUCUCGAACAUGAUCGUCAAAUCCUGCAAGUGCAGCUGAGCCCGAGGCGUCGGCCUGACAGAGUGACCUGGCAGAGGGGACGUGCUGAUGGGGGACCGGGCCCCAGCCAACCUCCCACCCCCCCACGAAGAAGAAUACCUCUGUCCACCUCUUAGCCUCUCAGCCAGUCGGCCCGCCUCACACCAGGGACCCACAUGAAAGCGACGAGGCCUGCCCACUCUGCCCACACACCAACUGCGUGCCCAGACAGCUCGGCUUUAAAAACACCACUCUAAAAAAAUCCAUCUUAGUGUGAGGACAUGCUCCGGAACCACAGACCUCUACACGUUUUUUUCUCUUUUUUCAACGUUUUGUUUUUGUUUCUGUUGUUUGUUCCCAAGUUCCAAGUGUUUUUUUCAGCAAUUUUUUCAGCAUUUUGAACUGGUUCUUUUGCUUGAUAAUCCUGGGCAUUUCAGAUAGACCUCUGUUUCUCUUAAAAAAGACAUAUAAAAGCUUUCUUAGCACAAGCAGUAGGGGAACUGCUGGCUCAAAGCUGCAGUCAAAAUAAAGAAGAAUCUGAAAAAUGCCUGCUGGAUUUAAAGUGAAAUAAACAUAAAAGGGCACUGUAUGGCCAAAGCUACAGCAACAAACCCUUUUUUUGGGAAUGCCCACUUCUAAAGCCUUGAUGUACCAGAAAGCGUACAGAGGAGGCUCUCCAUGCUGGAAACUCGCGCUGGGCGCAUCACAGUACCCAACACUGUUUAUCUAGGAGAUAUGCUGACGGAUUCAAAUAGUCUUAGGAAAAAUACAACAUGCUGGAAAAGAACUUUACUUUUAAAAUAAUAUUUUAAUUGUUACAUUUUACCUCUGUUCCACAACAGAAUUUUAGGGACGUUUUCAUUCAUAAAUGAAGCCGACAUUUUGUUGCAAAAAGAUUAAUAAUGUAUGUCACUAAGUGAUCAUUUCACUAAAUCACAAACUGUUAAUAUUGUUAUUUCUGUUACUCCUGAAACACUUUUUAUAUUAAAAAAGGUCUUGGACAAAAAAUGUUUUUUAUGCAUUUUGGGCAAACCCAAAUGGCAGUUGGAAAUUCCCCUUUUGAAAUGUACAGUAAUACGAAUUUCACUCAUGCUGUAAGGUGUACUGUAAAUGGAUAAAUAUGAUAGAAUUGUUUCCAGUUGCUGUCUUAAUGUUGCAUAUCUUGCUGCCCCGAGGUCAGUGCUCACAUAACUACUGAUAGCGAUAACUAAAUCUUAAAAAAACAAAAAAAACAUUUGAAUUUGCAUAUACAAAUGAUAAAUACUAUAGAAAACCUGUCUAGGAAA